CUGUAUAAAGUAUUUGAAGCAUGGUAGCAGCGUCAUUCACUGUAUCUGACAAGGCAUACUAUAUCCUAUAUGUGCAGAUGAUUUUUCUUUUUAUUACUCAACCUGCACCAGAGUCCGAGUCACCUGAUUUUGAGAAUCUGCCAAUACAGAAUCCUGAUCCAAUACAGAAAAGAAAGUUUAUUUUUUUUAUCUAUUUGUUUUUUUUAUUUGAACAAAUGUUCCAAAUAUGUUACAGUACUGUACUUUUUACUGUACUUCCUCUUCUGAAUUUUCCUCCAACUUAUGUAUCUUUGUAUCUUUUGGCAAUGCUAUUGUAUUUCUGGAUCAUUUUGUUACUUUUUACCCCUUAAAAGUACAAAAAAAUAUAUGAAUUAGACCUGAACGAAAUUUGAAAAAAACUAUCAUUGCUAUUUUUCGUGGGUUUGCAAUAUAUUGCGAUUUUAAAACUAGAAGAAUUUUCACGUGAUGAUAGUGCUGCAACGAUUAAUCGGUUAACUCAAGUAAUUCAAUUAGAAAAAAGCUGUGAAUUAAAUUUUGCAGCUUCAAGUAUUCAAGAGUGGUGGUUUGUUUUGAAAGUGUUUGCGUGAAGUUGUAUUGAUUUUGGUGGAUACACUGCCCUCUCGUGGCAACAGUGAAUAUGACACAACUCAUUUAACAUGGCUGAAUCCAGCUGCUUCCUGUUAAGACCAACAUAAGGUAGGUUUUCGUUUGAGCUAAAAUUUAAAUGCAUUUGUUAUUCAGUUUAAAGGUAUAUUUAGCCGUUUUUUUGUGGGAAUAUGAGUUUGAAUGCUUUGUUAAGAGCAUUGUAGGAAAAAAAGUUUGCAUUUUAUGGCAUUUAAGUGUAAGAUUAAGAUUAAGACUUUUACUAUGCAAGUUAGCCAUUUGUUUUGAUGUUGUACUUAGAUUCUCAUUUAUUUAUUUAUUUAUUUAUUUUAUACUGUUUCAGGUUAUAUGAAGGUUUUGAGGUAAUAUGAAAGUGCAAUCCUGGAUAGUUUGAAGAAACACUCGGGAAUUUUAUUUUCUGUUUGCAUCAAUUGCUCUUCUGAAAGUGCAAUCUUUGCAAGCCUUAGUUUUACCUCUCCUAAAAUUUAUUCUACAACGCAUUAAAUGUUCCUAAUGCGAUUACUCGAUUAUUCAAACUAACUAGUUGAUAGAUUAAUCGACUACUAAAAUAUUCAAUAGCUGCAGCCCCACCAGAUAACUUGAUUAGCUCUGUUUGGGAAAAAAAAAAUAACAUUGCAAUUUAUAUCACCAAGGCUUACUUUUUCCAUUGGUUGCACUGAUGCGCCUAAUAUUUUUUAUCAAGGUGCACUAGCACAAAAUGUAGGCGCAUCCACAUUUUUCAUUGCACCUCCUUUCAAGUCAUACUUUUGAUCACUCUUCAUAAAUUUCAUAUAAUUCAUUAAUUAAGUCAUCUUUUGAACUGCUUACCCUUACGCGGUUUGCAGGGGUGCUGGAACCGAUCACAGCUAACUCUAGGCAGAAGGUUGGAAGAACAUGCAAACUCCACACAGGAAGGCAGCCGAGAUUUAACCAACGAUCCCAGAACUGUGAGUUUUCCCAGGAUCAGUUCAUCCUGGACGGUCCAUCAGAGAAGCUUCGCAGAGAGCUGGAGGAAGAACUUAAGAUGAACUGCGAUGAGCCCAGAAGCCAUGCUUGGUAUCAUGGAGCGAUACCUCGACAGGUUGCCGAAAACUUUGUGCAGCGAGAUGGAGAUUUCCUGAUUCGUGAUUCACUGUCCAGUCCAGGAAGUUACGUCCUGACGUGUCAAUGGCGAAAUACAGCCCAGCAUUUUAAAAUUAACAAAAAGGUGGUAAUGCUGAAUGAAGCCUAUUCCAGAGUUGAGUACCGUGUGGAGCGAGAAGGUUUUGACAGCAUUCCUGCUCUAAUAAGAUAUUACGUCGGGAACCGAAAACCUGUCUCUCAGGUGGUUGGUGCUAUUAUAUUCCAGCCAAUCAACCGCACACUGCCAUUACGUUGCUUGGAACAAAAAUACGGACUGUCAAGUAACCAUCGAGACGCAGGACUGAUAGAACAGGAACGGCGACGUCAGAAGCGCCUCAGCCUCAACAUUACCAAUGGUCACAUUCAAGACAACACACAAGGCGUGCACGAUGGCGCCCAUUACCACAAUAACGGCAUGGGUAGAGGAAGCCAGCUCAGGUUAAAAGAUCGUUGCGGCAGUCAACCGGCAAGUCUCAAUCAACUCCCGGAGAAGCGGCGACCGCUGAAAGCGCACCAAUCAGAAAGCUUUUUACCACUAGGAUCUAAACCUCAGAACUACCAGCCCUCGGACACCCUUCUCCUGAGUCCAAAUGCCAAGUCUCCUGUGUUUAGGACAGGCAGUGAACCAUUGCUGAGCCCGUCAAUGGCACGGCGGUCUGCGGAAACAGUGCCAGGUCAACCAAUCCGGGGCUCUGACAGCCAAUUGUUUCCGAAACCUCCCCCCAAACCCAGCAAAGUCCCGUUGUCACGACUGCCUCGCUUCCCCUGCCUUCAGCUCCCAGGUCCGCCUUCGAACUCCACCUGCCAAAGCACGUCUUCGCCCACUCUGGACUCAACAUGUGGGGAAACUCCUGUUUGUUCACUGAGGAUAGGAGGUCCUCCUGUACCUCCGCUGAAGUCUAUCCACACAGACCUACAAAGCUCCUCCAGCUGCGUGCUUCCACAGCUUCAGAUUCCCGACUCUGAGGCAAUACCAAGACGAACUGAACUCCUGGCACCCUCUCCCGCAGACCAAAGAUCUUGCAGCCCGCUGGAUUGGAAUGAACCGAACUCUCCUAACUCCAUCCCAGACAACGCCCAUGAACUUGAACAGCUGCCUUGCAGCUAUGUUGAGAGACUGAGGCAAGAAGAGGAGGGUGUGCAUGAAGCGGGAGUGCAAAGAGGACUGGACAGAAGCUCGUACCAUCACGCUAUCGAGGCUUUGGAAAACACCAGUGAGGAUGAGGAAGAAGAGGAAACAGGGAGGGACGACCAGGAAGAGAAGACGAACGUUUUCCAGAGGCCGGUAGUGGAGACGGAGUCAGUGUUUCGGCCAACGGAAUUCGACUCUAGACUUUUACCGGCUGAAAACAAACCGCUGGAGAUGUUGGUUUUAAAGAGAGCCAAAGAGCUGCUGCUGAGCCACAACCACCACAGUAUAGCCAGACACCUGCUAAUGGCUGACUGCCAGGUGGCAAGGAUACUUGGAGUGUCGUCUGAGCAGAGAGGUCAGAUGGGUGUUGCUUCCGGCCUGGAGCUGGUCACGUUGCCACAUGGUCGACAGCUGAGGCUGGACCUGAUGGAAAGGCACCACACCAUGGCGAUAGGCGUCGCUGUGGAUAUUCUGGGGUGUACAGGCAGCGUGGAGGAGCGAGCCUGCACCUUGAAUCGCAUCGUCCUGGUUGCAUUGGAGCUGAAGGACUCUGUGGGCGACCUAUUUGCAUUCACUGCCCUGAUGAAAGCUCUGGAAUUACCACAGAUCAGUCGUCUGGAGGACACAUGGACGACUCUAAGGAGGAAUUACACACAGACUGCCAUCACCUAUGAGAAGACUCUGAGACCUUUCUACAAGAAUCUCUACGAAGGAACAGCUUCCUGUCCUGCUACGGUGUGCAUUCCAUUCCUGUUGCCUCUCAUCACUUUACUGGAGCGUCCGUCCAUAUCACCGGAGGGGGCGGAGCUCUGGGAGACCAGUGACCAAGGCUGCGACAUCAUGCUGCGUCACCUCGAGGCCGCACGUCAUGUCGCUCAUAAUGCACAAAGCUACACAGACAAUGCACAGAGGACCAUGAAUGGAUUCCAGUGUGAUGAGGAACUUCUGGAGGUGUUCAAGACAGAUUUUCAGCUGCGGCUUCUGUGGGGGAGUCGCGGCGCUUCGGUCAACCAAUCAGAUCGCUUCAGCAAAUUCAACCUCAUCCUUACUGCGUUGUCAAGGAAGCUGGAGCCCAAAAUACACACUUUAAUUUGACAUCCAGUUGGCAGUAACAUUCAGAAUGUAUAUGCAGGGCAAAAGACAGAAUUCUACGGAUCAGCGGGAAUUGGGAAGGCACCAUAGGUGGAGAUUGAGUUUUGUGGGAGGUGGGCAAAACGUUUUGAUGACAACGAAACGCGGUGUCAGCAAUAAAAUUAACUUACUAGUGCUAGUGUGGUAUAGUCACAUGAUAUGUUCUACAAUUAUUUGACCCAUUACGAAAUACUUGGUAGAAUUCUUGUUCAUUUCAUUCAUUUUUGUUGUUUGUUGUAUUGCUUUACAACUUUUAUAGAUGACAUUUUAACAGCAAGGUCUUUAUUUUAAAGGGGAAGUUCAGAUUUUUUGACACUCGUCUUAAUCUUUGUGUUAGCUGGAGUUUAAUUAGUAUGUGGAGUGGAUUUCAACAAAUUCCGUGCAGGUUGUCGGUUAUUGUUAGUUUCAGGGCUCCGGAGUGGCUAAGCUAGCACGUGUCAAUGGUGCCUGCUUAGCAUGCCAAUAAAAAACGAUAUUAACAGAUCUAACAUAGUCAAAUAAAUUCAAAAUGCACAUCAUUGAUCCAACCAUGUGAAACCAAACUGCUGUAAUACAUUUCAUUCUGCAGGACUAUUUUUUUAGAUGCGUAUUGCAACCACAAUAGAGAGGAGGGCUUCGGCAACUUGUCGUCAGUCUGUUGGGGAGUCCCUUUUGUUCCCACACAAAAAAAAAAAAAAAUAAUAAUAAUCCCGAAAAAUGUACUCGAGUGCAAGUAAAAAAGUAUUUGGUGAAAACAAGACUCAAGUAAUGAGUAACUGCUUACCAUGUUUAUUUUUUUGGAAACAAUGGAUUUUUUUUUUUAGCAUAAAGUUAUCUAUAUGAACUGUUAUUAAUAUACUGAACUAUGGCCUAUAAAUACAUCAAAUACAUCAUGUUUUACGCUGCUUUAAUGAUGCCAUGUCAUUGAACAGGCCGCCGUGAUCAUAGAAUGGCAAGCUUGAGUCUGAUUGGUAUAAUGGAGUCAUUUUUUUAAACAAUGGUAUUUUUUUAACAAUAGUAUUUUUUUUCUCUCAGCACAAACUUAUCUACACACGCCUUUACAUCCUCAGUAAUGCCAAUGGCUUUGCAAAGAUGAGUUAAGUAAUUAAUUGUAAGACUCACUACUGGAAAAAAAAAUAACGAUGGUAUACUCUAAUGCUGUUAUUAAAUACAGCACAGUUAGUUGUCUUCAUAGCCCAUUCUUUGGGUUUGUGUGGUCCUACGUUGUGUGUGU